AUGUCUGCUAAGCCGGUCUUCCUGAGACUACCCGUGGAGUUACUCGACCACAUCGUGAAGUUUUGCAACGACAAAGCCACACUCUCUACCAUUAGACUCGUAUGCGAAUCAUGGGAGUCGUUGGCUCAACCACUCCUCUUUGAUCGAACUUGCAUCAAGCCCAAGCCUUUCAACUCACCAUGCGAAUCCAUUCUCUCACAAGAUGACUCGGUCAUUGCGAGGCGUAUUCGACAUAUCAUGUUUGAAGACGACAAGGCCGUCGGUCUUGGUCCUGGAGUUUUGCUUCGAUACUAUCUCGGCGUAGUCAAUCGAUUGAAGGAGAAAGGGGUCAGCGGGGAUUUACGAAGUUUAGGAUUGAUAUUCUACACCUUCGACGACGUCCUCUUCGACAAAUCGGCACCGACAUUCUUCACAUCCCUCACCUCCUCCUUCUCCAAUAUCGUAGAACUGAAUUUAUGGUUCUGCAACGAAAAUCUGGAAGAAUUCAUUCGGUUUAUGUGCUCCUUCCCUCGAUUAGAGAUUCUCGGUGUCAAGUUUGACGCUUGGCUGGAGUGUUCGGAGAAAACAUCCGAGUCUCUGGCGAUUGUCAAAUGUACACUUCCAGAAUCCCUCAAAAGCUUUCAUUGCGCACAUCCAUUCGCCCACAACUCCAUUGCCUACUUCUUAGAGUGGGUAGCAUCACACCCUCCACGAUCAGUCGAAGAACUCUCUGUUCUUUGGACGCGGACAUUGAAUCUGGAGGAUUAUUCUAGGUUUUGUUGCAAGACGUUGAGACAUCUACUUCUCAACUUCAGGAUCAGUGGUGUCUACAAUACAGGAAUACAAGACGAUUCAAUACGUUGCGAUUUAUCGCAACUUGAUGUACUAGAAAUCCUCACAGUCAACUUUGAUUCCAAUUACGAAUUUGAGGAGAUGCAUUUCAUGCUCGACACCCUGAAAUCUCGUCGUUUUCGGAGGAUCGAGUUCAUAAUCGAACCUACUCCCUUCGAACACUCGCAUAUGUGGGCUGAUGAUGGACAGUGGGAAGAGUUGGAUGAAGUUCUUGCCGGUUCGGAUAAGUUUGUUGGGGUCAUGGUUGAAAUCCAGGUCAUGGCUUCGUAUGUCCUCUUUAUGGAUGCGGAAGAACAGAUCCGAAAAAUCCUACGGAGGUGUCAUUCGCAAGGCCGGUUGUCGGUCAUUCCGUUUUACAAGGAUGGGCCGAAGGAGUGGAGUGUUAUUGAACGCUGGCGAAGAGUUGACCGUGGUGCGGACUGA